AUGGAGUAUGGGGAUGCGCUGGCAAACGACGACGACGACGACGACGUGUUGAUGGAUAGCGAGGACGACCAAGAGUCGGACGGGAGCAGCAACGCGCUCAAGAGGCUCAAGAAGUCGACAACUGCCGGCGACAACUCUGACAACGGCAUGGACAUUGACCGCAGCAGGCACAAGAGCAGCAGGAGAGAACUAGAAGAAGACGUGGGCAGCAACAGAUCGUCAGGGCGAAGGAGCGGCGAGGUCGGCCACCAUAAGAACGCCGAGCACGGUGGUGGUGACGCCAACACCAACAGCGGCGGCGGCUACUCCCGCCGUCACGCCGCAUCCCCGUCCUCCAGUGCCUCCGCCAACUACAACAACAACGGCAGGAGAAAGGGAAGGGACUCGAGGGGAUCCUCCUCGUCCCGGUCCCGAUCCCCAUCGCGGUCCCGGUCUCGUUCGAACUCGCCUUCAGAUCGCCCGCCGCCUCCACCGCCGCGGCCGCCGCCGCCGCCGCCACCUCCGUCCUCGUCCUCCCUCUUCGAUCGCCUUAAGGCCGACUGGGGUAGGGAAAGUUGGCAGGACUUCGAGCUCUUGCAGAACAAUGUGCCCGGGCCGGGAACCAAGGGGCAUGGAGGUCCAGGAGCCGUGGGCGGUAAAUCUGACAUGGGCGGGGAGCUUGAAGAGCACGAGUGCAAUUGCACGCCGGUCGGCGGAGACCCGAACGCCCCAACAUGCUACGACGACCAGUGCCACAACUACGUUACCAUGCAGGAGUGCAGGAAAGACCAGUGUCACCGUGGCUGCCGAAAUCAGCGCAUCCAGAAACGGGAGAACGCACAGGUAGAGGUGUUCAAGGCCGAUGGCAAGGGGAUGGGCCUCAAGGUGGUCGAGCCGGUGUCCAAAGGACAGUUCAUCGCCGAGUACGUCGGAGAGAUCAUCACGAGGAAGGAGCUCAACAAGCGCAUGAUUUCCAGCGCAGGCACACGGAAGCUAUAUAUGAUGCAGCUCGGUGAUGACACGUACCUCGACGCCAAGAGGAAGGGAGGCAUCGCUCGGUUCGUGAAUCAUUCGUGUGAACCCACCUGCCGUCUGGAACAGUGGACGGCCAUGGGCCAGCCGCGCUGCGCGGUGUUCUCGCUGCGAGCCAUGAAGGCGGGAGAGGAGUUGUCGUUCGACUAUCAGUGGGAGGCACACCAUCUCCGAGAAAACACCAAGUGUCUAUGUGGCUCGCCGCAAUGCAGGGGAACGAUCGAGGUGAUUAACCCUAACGCAGACCCCAACGUGGAGUCUGGCGGAGGUCCGUUUGCCCGCGGUCGUGCCCCGGCUUCGGCGAUGGGCGUCUGGCGCACGCCCAAGAACGACGAGUACGCUACCCCGGAGGCACUUGUUGGCCGAAAAGUACGGGUGUACUUCGACGGGGACUGCACCUACUUCGAGGCGCAGGUGAAACGGUACAAGCCAGACACGAAGACGCACAUGCUCCUCUAUGCGGGGGAAGGAGAGAGGGAGCUUGAUGAAUUGGAAGAGGACCUCAUUGGCGUUCAAGGGAAGAUACAGGGUAUCGACAAGUGGCAGAUUUGGGAGCAAACCGAUAGGGUGCUCAAAAUCAAGAAGAAGGAACAGGCUGGCGAUAUUUCCUUGGGGCCUGAGGGCUCCUCGUCUGGCUCCCGAAGGACGAAUGGGAAUGUGAAUGGCCAACACCCCUACGGCGGCCCGCAACAAGGUGGCGACGGGAGACACUUCGCCAGCCGUUUCGGACCACCGCUGCCCCAAAUGCAGCAAAUGCAGCCUGGCAUGGGCAUGGGGAUGGGCAUGGGGCACGGAACGGGGAGUUUCUCGGGGAUGAUGGGGAUGGGGGGGCCGCCGAUGCCUCCGCGUGCCCCCCCUCCGCCUCCUCCGCCGCCACCGCCGCCGCAGCCGGUUGGGCCGCGGGUUGCGGAGGAGUUCAUGGUGCCUUUGAAGGACACCCCACUGGUGUACGGCGGGUCUGAGUUAGUAGAAAGGAUCAAGACACGAACAGCGGUGUACCUCCUGGAGCUUGUCGACGAGGAAGAUGCGCGCGCCAAACAGUGCCCCGCCGGCCAGAGACUUCUUCGGGUUGCUGGGGGGCGGGACCAGGUUAGUGCGGCGGUUGAUAUACUCCGCGCCGAGGUGGUGUCGAUGAGAUCCUUCGAGGACUGGCUGGCCGGUAAGCGACACCGCGAGGCGCAGGAAGAGGCCGAGACCAGGGACCUAGAGGACGCCGCUAAGGCGCAGGUCGACCGUCCAAGACUUCGCUCCUGCAUCGGCAGCGACUGGCACUGCUUCUCGAAGGAGGUGGUAGCGCAGAUAGCGGCGAACAAGGUCGUUGCAGAUCUUCGCCGCAACGCUCUCCACGUCGUUCGGCAGGUGUCAGAGAGUGGCUCGGGUACAGCAGUCAACUCGGCGCCGCUAAUCUGCCAUGCGGGCAUACUUCUUCACCGCUACCUGGCCGUGCUCUGCGUGUCCACGCCCGCGGAAGCCGCAAGCACCGCCACGAAGAGCACGGCACCCUCCUCGGACACCGGCGGCGCCAAUGGCACCUAUGGCAGCGGCGGCAGCAGCAAGAGGCGCCAAAGCGGCGGCAGCAGCAAGGGCAGCAAGGACGGCAAAGACAUGACCCACGCAGCAAACGGUAGUGGUGGCACUGCCGCCACCAACGGUUUCAGCACCGCCACCACAGGCACCGCCGCUUCGGCCAGCGGGGGGCGAGCUCGCCUGGAGACAAACUUCUACGUUCUCGCGACGGCGUGCCUGCUGCUGGCGAACAAGUCCCUCCGGGCCCGUGUAGGCGUGGCGCGUCCCCGAAGAAGAGAGGAGCUCCUGAGGGCUGCCUACGGGGUGCAGUUCCGCGGGAGGGCGGUGGAGAAGGGGACGGCGGAGGUGGUGAAGUGGGAAGGCAAGCUGGCCGCGGCGGAGCUAGAAGUGAUGGUGGCGCUGGGGUUCGACUUGCACCUGGCGGAUCCGUUCGAGGCGCUCGACCAACAGCGCCGGCAGCAGUUGAUCACUGCCGAGUGCCAUGAGAAGACAAGAUCGCUUGUGCUGGAAUCGGUCACGCAAGGGUGCUCGGCGUGGCUGCGGUUCGAGCCGGAUGUGGUGGCGUUGUCGACCUUGCUGCUUGCCAUCUGGAGUACUUCCAACCAGCAUGAUCUCCUCAACAAGGCUCAGCAGUUCUCGGUGAAUGCUGGGGGCACGUGGCCGGCAGUGCUGGCUUGCACUCAGUCCCUGGCGAGGUCCCUACCGUCCCUGGGAGACAAGGUCGAUGCCGGACCGGACGGUGUGGCCGCUACGUUGAGGCAGGUGCCGACCGUCGACCCAUCGCAGUACCCCGAGUUCGAGAGUCCGCUAAUGGCGGCGAAGGAACGGCUGAGCCAGAGGCGGCGCGCGGAGGACGCUGUGGCUGAUAAGCAGGUGUGGACCACCGACCUGCUGAUGAUGAGAAAGGCCCAGGAUAGGGCAGGGCUGCACGGCGGGCUUGGAGGUUUGCAGGGCAUGAAGGGGCUGGCGGGGUUCGGAGCCACGCUGGCGUCCAACAAGUUCGUUCGCGCGGCCAUACGGGAAGAUACCCUCAAGGCCGCCGGGUUGAGUUGUCUCCUGCCUGCUCUAGACGCCUGGAAAGGGUCUACCGUGAAAGGACCGCUGCCGGGAGUAGACGAGGGACGGACCAUGGAGAUAUAUUUGCAGAGGUGGCCGGCGGAUAAGAAGGAGAUGGACAUGGCCAGCGGCUUCAGCUCGUCGGGAGUGGCUGAACUGGCGCUGUUUCAAGAGAUGCACUCCUACAGCACCAACACUAGCGGACACAGCACCCUUCUCGUGCCCUUCGCGGUGGUGAAGGGAACAGGGCUCAAGCCACCGGCGAAGAUCGGAGCACCAGGGUCUUCCAAGUCCUCGUCUGACCGGAACGCCGCCGGAAAGCUCGCCAAAGGUGCUGGAGCUGCUGCCGAAGGCGUACCCCUCGCGGCGGACGAGAUAACGACGGCCGUGAUAGGCAUGGACCCUCUGGGCAUCGCCGGCGUGCCGAUGUCGCUGGGUUUGCAGCAAGGGGCCGACGCGGAUCCGGCUGCCAGCGGAGGUGGUGAGGGGGACGGGGAGAAGGCGAGCCCUUCGAAGAUACCGGAUGAGCUCCUCAAGCCGAGCUACUUGCUUCUCGAGCCUGUUCGCUACACGCUCGCGGAGAUCUUGAGGCUCUGUCGCCGCCCGAUGGUUCUCCCUGGACCCCUAGUGCGAUCCAUGCUGCAAGACCUUUUGGGUGCGGUUGCUCUCUGCCAUGAUCGCAACGUCGUCAUCAAAUCCUUGGACGCAGAAAAGGUGUAUCUCAGCGUAUCAGGCUGCCUGAAGCUGGGAUGCUUGGCCCAGGCCAUGAUGGUGGCCCCCAAGGACGCAGCGACUGCACCCAACGAUGGGAUGAAUGGCAUUGAUGAAGACGUGGAAGGAGAGGUGGACAUGGAAGUUGAGGAGACCCCGGCCGGCCGUAAGGCGGCGCACAGAGAAGGGAAGCUGCGGAUGAAGCAGGAAAAGCUGCAAAGAGAGAACGCCUGUAAAAAGGCUGUUGCGGCUGUGACGAAAGACGGCGAGCCGGCUAAGACCGUGCUAUGGGGCAUGGCUCCAGAGGUUAUCGUGGACCAGAAGCAUCCCCAUGGUCCUGCAACGGACAUCUGGGCAGUGGGGUGCCUCGCUGCGCAGCUUGCCCUGGGUAAACCCAUAUUCGGCGGUCGUACGCGCAAGCAGCAACUAGAGUACGUCUUCAAGUGCUGUGGUUCUCCCGGCCAGGGCCGGUGGCCGGAGGGGAACAAAGCCCCCCUAUACCGGCACUUGCGGCCCGUGGACAAGGAGGGCAAGAGCCUCCACUUCAAACCCCGCCUCGACAAGGUUCUUGCGGCGGAGGGGAACAAAGGCGUUCCCCUCGACCCAGCGCUGGCGGACUUGUUGCAAGGUCUCCUCAAGCUCGACUCGCGACAUCGCUUGAGUGCAAGGGACGCCCUGGCGAGCCCUUACUUUGCGCCCAGGCAUGGGCAGCAUGACGAAAGGCUGGAUGCGUGGGUUACCUUGCGGGGUGACCUAGAUAAGGUGCAGAUGGGAGUGGCUACGCCGGAUCAGCUCCGCGGCACGUUCGCCGCCGCCAAUGCGCCCACGGGGCCUCCACCUCCCCCGCCCCCGCCCAGAGGUCUCGCCGAUGCUCCUCCCCCGCCGCUUUCACCUAGAGGCGGCCCUUCAGGACACCCUAGCCAGCACGGCCGUCCACAGAGGGAUAGGAAGGAGGAGGAGCGUGCGGGCCGCCGCUCGCACGCCGACAAGGCACGCGAAAGCAGGCGUGCGCGAGGAAGGGGCGUCGCGACCCCUUCCCCGCCACGCGAGGGCCUCCACAUCUCGGUACAGCUUCCCCUCAAGCCUGAUCCACCAGGAGGGUAUGGCGCCGUGUCGGUAGAGAGGACUGGCAGAGCGGGGCGGGCAGAUCGGGGACGCCUCGAGGAUCACGUCAAAACCCGUAGCCCAAGCCCCAGGGGGGGUAGGAGGCGGAGUCCGGCGAACGGCAGGAGGGAGCGGGAGCGGGAGUGGGAGCGGGAGCGGGAGCGGGAACGCGAACGAAGGGGAAGAAAAAGGGACAGAGAGAGGGAAAGGGGUGUAACGAGGUCGCGCGAGCGCGAGUGGCAGGGCGGUGAACGGUCGGGCAGGGACCCGCGCCGUGGUAGUCGUUGACGAUACUUACAACACACCCGGCGCUAUGGCAUAUAACACGGCGGGGUGUUCGGUCCGUAAAGGGGUUGCUUGAUGUAGGCGCGAUCGCGAUUGUAAGAGAAAAUUAGUUAAAUCACCACGAAUGAAUGGCUAUUGUUAGAUUUGGGCUGACGGCUGUGUCGGGAGGUGACACUGUGAAAAAGGGGCAGUGGUGUUGACUGUUGACUUGGGGUCUUGGUUGGAUCUUGCGAUCAUGCAGCCAGCGCACAAGAGAAACUUAGUGGCGUGAGUAUGGGUUGCGUGGAGUCGAUUCCAAGUCCAGCGAAAGGGUCAGGCAUGUGAUGAAAUGUUGAGGUGCCGACAAAAAGUGGCGCCAAAGCAAGAAAGGAUUUGUGCCGGUGUGACGUCUUUUUGUUGUUCAGAUCAAAUGAGUUAGUUAGACCAGUUUCUUCUUCCUUUCGUAGUCGAGGGUGUGGUCUCCGUUCAACUGAUUGUCUGAGUUCCUGUGUGCUGCUGUGACUUGCUGGCCCCGA